AGCCAACCACUCCCGAAGGCGAGCCGCGACCGGACAGAUACACGUCCUCCGGAGAGAAGCAGCAGAAGAAGCGAGAUGAGGCUGCACGUGGUAGCGCUGCUCGCGGGUCUGGCGACUAUGGCACACGCCGCCGGCCAGCAGAAGAACACCACGCAGUUCGACGGCUUCGACCUCGACUCGAUCCUCUACAACGACCGCCUGCUGAAGAGCUACCUGGACUGCCUGCUCAAGGACAACGCCCGCUGCUCGCCCGACGCGAAGACGCUCAAAGAGUUCAUCCGCGACGCGCUGCCCAACGACUGCGCCGAGUGCAGCCCGCGCCAGAAGGAGGUCUUCCGCACCUUCAUCAACUUCCUGCUCACCAAUUAUCCCGACGUGUUGAAGCAGCUGAUGGCCAAGAAUACACGCCUACAGGAGCCGCUACAGCCACCGUCUCCGCCAACAGACCUUCCUCCAACUACGGUGCCUUAGCCCCACCUCCAGUGUACCACUUCAAGUAGUGUCAUAGCUCCACCUUCAGUGCACCACUUCUAGUAGUGCCAUGGCUCCACCUUCAGUGCACCACUUCAAGUAGUGCCAUGGCUCCACCUUCAGUGCACCACUUCAAGUAGUGCCAUGGCUCCACCUUCAGUGCACCACUUCAAGUAGUGCCAUGGCUCCACCUUCAGUGCACCACUUCAAGUAGUGCCAUGGCUCCACCUUCAGUGCACCACUUCAAGUAGUGCCAUGGCUCCACCUUCAGUGUACCAAUUCAAAUAAACUUCUUACAAGAACUCCUGCUUUUCAUUUCAUACCUCGGUGCUUUGCAAAAAUUGUCUGUGCACAGUAAGAACAUUUCUCAGCUUUUAAAAAAGAUUCAAAUAAUAUUUUUUUUUAAACCAUGGCAAAUACAAUCUAAUAUUCAAUAAUUGAACUUUAUUCUGUUUCAUUUUGCUUUUUAUGUUCGUAGUUAAUACUGGGAAAUCUAUUCAGGGAACGAUUAAACAAAUAACUUUUUAAAUACUGGAGGUACUGGGUCAACACAAAAACGUUAAUUCGUGGUGUAAGAAUCUGAACCCAGUAUUGUUUGCGACCACUGUUUUGAAGUGAUACAGUUGUUUUUCAUGUAAAUUUUACAAAAAAUUUGGUUGUCUGUAAAGUCGGUUUACGGACGAUAGUUUAACGUGACAACGUCAUAACAAAACAUUGAUGAAAUGAUUGCAUACUUUUAUAAAUAAAAUUGAAUCAUUUUUAUUAAAUUAUCACUAUUUCAUAUGGAUACAAAGAAGGAGUGAAAUGAAAUCUAUAAUUUAAUUGAUAAAUUUACUUUUUUUUAUACUCAUUAAUUCAAAUAUGUUUAUUACUUUAAUGAAGAGAUUAUUUUAACUGCAACAUUUAUACAUGUUUGCUAUUUAACUUCUUCCAAUCUGUGUUAUUCUGUUAAGGAUAGGACGAUGAUAGGAAAAGUAGGAAACGAAUGGGAGUGUUUCAAGUUUAAUGUGCCUCGAAAAAGUCAAAUCGAUGGUUGUUCCAAUCGAGUGGAAGAGAGAUAGAUGCGGCGCAAGCAUACAAUGAACGUAACGUGACACAGCGUAACGGGACAAUGUGCGUAACGGGAAACUAUUUCGUGCGUGCAGCUGGCGUUCAUAGAUUUAUUAGACGUUGUCACGUAAAAAAAUGUUGCAGUGUGCAAAAUUUUGUGAUUUCAAUAAAGAAUGUAUUUUUCAUUGUGGCUAUCUUACUCUUGAGUGUUCAGCGAAACCCCACAAACAGAAAAGGUUUGUUGCAUUCCAGGUUGGCCCGGUCAGGCAACCAAGAAUAGCAACAAUUUUUCCGUUACUUGAACAUUUUGAUCCUGUUAAUAUGUAAAAAAAACUUAAACUGUCACAAUCACUAAUUGUUGUUAUUGAGGAUUAACGAACAAUCUCAAUAUACCAAUUUUCAUGGCGAUCGGUUGAACGGUGUCGGAGUUUAUCAACGGCAUGCAUACCAACAUCCUAUUAAGUAGAUUUAGAAGAAAUAUUGUAUUGUAGCCGUUACCGUUUUUUUUCUUUUAGAUUUAUGGUCCGUAGACCACAAAACCAUCGUAAACUCAAAAGGUUAAUUAUAUACACAUAUAUAUAUACACACAAAUAUAUAUAUAUAUAUCACAAUUUUUUUGGACAUGAUAACUGCCGCGAUGUUUCAAAAAUCUCUUCCAAACUGAUACCUAAAAAAACUAAUUGUGGGAAAUCUCGGUCGGGUUCGUUAGCGGGCCUUUUUUCGACCAAUCAUAUCUCCAUCUAUUGUUUCUUCAAACUUCAUCCCAGCCCCGAGGCGUCUUCUCUCUUCCUAAGUUGUCUUUACGUUCAGCUUCCUUCGAUUGUUUUUUUUUUUUUUUGGAAAAUGGAAAUGGUUCCGGCCACAGCCAGGAGAAUGCGUGAGGUCAGUUGAGAUGGGCGAGGAGCAACCUGCGAAAUGAAUUGUUGUAGGGGAGGGUGGGGGAGGAUUGGAUUACCCCGAGAAAACCCGCAGAAACGUCCGCUACGUUUCCCACUCGACCGACGCGCCCCCUGCCUCGAGAGACGCACAAUCCACGCCCGAGCCUUGAAGCCUGGACACCUGGACCGCCAGCGCGUCCGACAGCGCCGCCGAGGUCGACAUUUCUGAAACAGACUGAACCUUUUUUGACUGAACAACGUCUAAUAAAUCGAAGAACGCCGGCUGCACGCACGAAAAAGAGUCCCGUUACACACAUUGUCCCGUUUCGCUGUGUUCAGUUACGCUCAUUGUACGCUUGCGCCGCAUCUAUCUCUUUUCCACUAGAUUGGAUCAACCAUCUAUUUGACUAUUUCGAGGCACAUUAAACUUGAAACACUCCCAUUCGUUUCCUACUUUUCCUAUCAUCGUCCUAUCCUUAACAGAAUAACACAGAUUGGAAGAAGUUAAAUAACAAACAUGUAUAAAAGUUUUAGUUGAAAUAAUCUCUUCGUUAAAGUAAUAAACAUGUUUGAAUUAAUAAGUGCAAAUAAAAGUAAAUUUAUCAAUUAAAUUGUAGAUUUCAUUUCAUUCCGUCUUUGUAUAAAAGUUAUAGUUAAAAUAAUCUGUUCGUUAAAGUAAUAAACAUAUUUGAAUUAAUGAUAGCAAAUAAAAGUAAAUGUAUCAAUUAAAUUGUAGAUUUCAUUUCACUAUUUUGUAUCCAUACAAAAUAGUGAUAAUUCAAUAAAAAUUAUUUAAUUUUAUUCAUAAAUGUAUGCAAUCAUUUCAUUAAUGUUUUGUUAUGACGUUGUUACGUUAAACUAUCGUCCGUAAACCGACUUUACAGACAAUCAAUUUUUUUGUAUCGCCCAGAAAUCGAAUCAAGUUUCAAAUCAAUCAUUUCCUUAAUGAGUGAAUUUUUUGAUGAAUUUUGGGAUUUUUCCCUAAUUUCUAGCAUUGAAAUAAAAAAUAUUUUCAAGAUGGCAGCCAUAACGAAAAGUGCAACGGAGGUUCUUAAUGAUUUUUAUUAUUUAAUUCGGUUGAUUAAUUUUUAGAAUGAUUUUUAAAAAUUUUCCCGAUUUCUAACAAAAAAAUUACGGAUUUUCAAGAUUGCAGACAUGACGUCAUACUACCUGAUGAUAUAUAUGCUAUGAAACAAGUGGUGGGUGUCAGUCUGCCAGCAGCUACAGUGAGGGAAGGAUCGGUCGCCAUUUUUCUUUUUGCCCUCGUCGGGUUCGAACCGAGGACUCCGAGCUCCGUGCCGUAAAUGUAUGUUUUAAAUAGUUUUUAUUAAAAUUUGAUUAAUUAAAUUUGAUUAAAAAUAUUAAAAAAAUUCAUUAAAAUCGGAUAAUAAAUAAAGAUUUUCAAGAUGGCGGCCGUAACAGAAAUUUGCAAUGAUGACGUCAUAAUCCAAGAUGGCGGUCAUGAUAUCCUUAUUCCUAAAGUGGCUUAUCGGAGGCUGUAGGCAUGGAUGCUUAAGCCAUUUUUAGGAUUAUGAGUUCUUUUUAAGGCAAAACAACUUUUGAGGAUUUUCGAAAUCCUAAUUUUUGAAUUGUGGAUUUUUUGAAAAUUUUUGGAGGAAUUUUUUUCCAAAAAAAUGCAAUUUUGGCAAAUUUUGGGUAAAUUUUGGCAAGUUUUUAAGGUCAAAGGUCAAGGUCAUGGUCAUCCAAGAUGGCCGCCGUGACGUCACAUUCCAAGAUGGCGGACCUACAAUCUCAAUCCACACAAUCCACAUCCUGAACCCUGUGCCAGCUCCGGCUAUUACAUACUACUAUCCAUGUUUUCAAUAAUCAACUUUAUAGAUAAUCAACUUAAACAAAAUGACUCUUCCUGACAUCUAUUGGCGAGUAAUAAUACCAUAUUUUUUAAAUUUAGGUUAUAUUGGCUAGUAAUAAUACCAUGUUUUUAUUGGGAACUGCUUUAACGACACAACAACACUAAAGCUACUCCAUUUGAUGGCGUUGUUAAGCAACACUAAGCCAAUGAGUGUUUGGUUUAAGGUUAGACCAAGAAAAUCAAUUGUUUACUUAUAUUAUUUGUGUCUUUUUAACUUAUGUGUUCAUUUAAAAAUGCCUAAACGAUAUUUGAAAAAUAAAACGCCUAUAAACAAUCUAACUUCACGAAGCCGCAACUCGUCUCAAGAACAUCUUGAAGAACAUUGCCUGUGCAAUCACAUAAUAAAGGCAAAAAUUGUUACUGGUGAACAAUCCGGUAAAGAAGUACAUAUACCAACGAUCUUGACUCAUCAAAAGGACAACUGGGAUGCACCAUGCAGCGUCAUCAAUUACCCGUUAGAUCUGCAUUUGCCAUGACUGUCCACAAAUCCCAAGGGCAAACUUUCAAAUCUGUUGGGGUUGACUUAUAGUCAAGUCCGGUAUUCAUGCAUGGCAUGUUAUAUGUGGCAUUUUCUAGAGUUAAGCGACCAACUAUGUUAAAAGUCCAUCUUCCAAAUGAAAAUCCUCGACAUACCCGCAAUAUAGUAUGGAAGAAAGUAUUAGAUUAAGACCCAAUUUUAAAAUUAAAACUGUGAUGACAAAAAUAUAUCCUAUACUUAGGUAGUUGAUUGAUAAACUGUAAAAAAUUAAGUAUUUGUUUCUAAUAAAAUAUUAAACUAAUUGUACUCGUUCACAUUUUAUUAUUAUGUCGGUAAGAUCGAAAAAUAUUAUUCAUAUUUCAUCAUUUCAUCAUUAUGUAAUUCAUAUUUAAAUAUAAUUUCUAAAAAACAAAAUUUACCCAAAAAAUACCGAGCAAAGCUGCGUCAUCCAGGUACUUUUUAUAAAAUAAGAAAGGCCUAUUUAGUGGCGUUUCCUCAAUUGUUCCUUAUCUUCCUAUCCCCAGUCAUAAAUAAAUUCUUUAUAUACAGUUAGAAAUAAAUUCAACGUGAGCUUACAAUACUCUAGAAACGUGUGAAGUGUGUUCGUAUUCAUGUGGCCACUUUCAAUUUUCCAAAGAGACGAUGGUGAGAAAGUGACCGCGUGUCUUCUCAGUUACAAUCCAUUGUUUGCGUGCGUGGAGACAAAACUUAUAUUAGUGCACAUUUACUAUAUGUCCUGAACAGAAUUUAACAGCCUAUCCGGAAACUGAUUUCUGGGUGUGGACUGAAUAUUGGAGUUAAUUUAGAUGGAUUGUGUCGUCAAAGCCGCCAUCUUGGAUGACCUUGACCUUGAAAUCUGACCUUUAAAUAUAACAGCUGGACUGAAAUAUUAUGUUCCGAGUGAAAUUUGACGACACCAUUACUUUUUUUACUUAAAAACUAAAAAAAAAUAUAUAUUUAAUAGGAAAAUUCUAAAAAACAGUUAUUUAAAAAGUAGAAAAUGUAUAAAAUUGCGUAAUCACUGUACAAAUUGUAGUGGUUGUUGACGUAUUUGGGGAGUCACACAUUGCCCAUUAAUAACAGGUUUCACAAAAUGUUUCAGACUAUAGUAGAUUUAAGAUAU